CCGUUCCAUUCAAAACUUUUAAACCCUCAAAAAACGACUACCACGCCACUCUUCUCAGCCCUGAAUUCUGGGCAAGCAAAUGGUUAUAAAAUUUAUUCCUCAUCUUCGUGUUCUCAGCCCUUCUCUACCGGUAACUGGUUUUCCCAGCAUGAAACCUGCGCGAACCAUUUGCUUUAAUGGGUCCAUACCUGUUUUAAAUCGUGUUUUCCCUUUUAAACUCAAGUUCCUUGGCUUAUCGCCUCGCUUUAAUGGGAAACUCAUUACGCGGAGCCUUUCCACCAGGCCGUCUCGACCUAGGUCGAGGGCAAGCUCCGAGUUCGCUCCUAAAAUCAGAGGAGAUGUUCGUGCCUCGAAGAGUCUGAUCGAGGACGAGGCCGAACUCAGUGACUGGGUCGGCGAGUUGAGAACCGAUUCGUUCCGUGGUCGACUCACUAGCGAAGAUGAGGAAUUAGAUGCAGAUAGACAACGCAAUAGAGUUACGAGUAGUGAUAGAAAGAGAAACGGCGUUUCUGUGAAGUGGAGAAGAGAGAGUGAGUUCGACAAUUUUCGUGAGUCGAGCAAGAGGGAAACACGGGGCAACUUCGGCGAUUCUAUUUCGAGGAAGUCCCGGUUCAGUAAACGGUUUGGUGGUGAAUUAGAAGAUAAAGACAGUGAUGACGAUGGCGAUGAGGAUGACGAAUCGUAUUCGAGUAGAAAAUCUCGCGGCGUGAAAAGAGAGAAAACAAAAAUGGAUUCACGGAGAGGAAAGAGAAAUGAGAGGGGUUUGGGUUCAGGAAAUGCGGGGAGUGGAAGAAGAAUGGAUUUGGGAAGAAAAUCAAACUUUCAUGAAGAGGAAGAUACCGAUGCUAGUGAAGAGGAAAAAGGUCGGGAAAUGAAAGGAUUGGAGAAUUUUCUUAGUGGAGAAGAUAGUGAUAUUAAUGCCGCUGCUGAGGAUGAUUAUAUAAUUUUAAGGAAGAAAGCGAGUUAUGCACUCGGAUUAGAGAAGGAUGCUGACCAAACAGUGACUUCUAGAAGUUCACAAGGGAAAUCUGAGUCAUAUCUGAGUGAAACAAGAUUUGAUCAAAUUUCAAUAUCCCCCCUAUCGUUGAAGGGAAUUAAGGAUGCUGGUUAUGAGAAGAUGACCGUUGUACAGGAGGCAACUCUUCCAGUAAUACUCAAAGGCAAGGAUGUACUAGCCAAGGCCAAAACAGGCACUGGAAAGACGGUAGCAUUUUUGCUUCCAUCAAUUGAAAUUGUUUCAAAACUGCCUCCUGUUGAUCGUGAUGUUAAGCGGCCACCAAUUCAUGUACUUGUAAUAUGCCCAACUCGAGAGCUUGCGAUUCAAGCUGCUUCAGAAGCUAAGAAGUUGCUGAAGUAUCACCCAUCUAUCGGUGUUCAGGUUGUGAUUGGAGGUACAAGACUUGCUCUAGAGCAAAAAAACCUGCAAGCAAACCCUUGCCAGAUUCUUGUUGCUACACCUGGAAGGCUCAGAGACCAUCUUGAGAAUACUGCUGGGUUUGCAACAAAGCUGAUGGGUGUGAAGGUCCUUGUACUUGAUGAAGCAGAUCGUUUACUAGCCAUGGGUUUUCGUAAAGACAUAGAAAGGAUAAUUGCUGCUGUUCCAAAACAAAGACAGACACUUCUAUUUUCUGCAACAGUUCCUGAGGAGGUCCAUCAAAUCUGCCACGUUGCACUUAGAAGAGAUCAUGAAUUCAUCAAUACGGUUCAAGAAGGCACUGAGGAUACACAUUCACUGGUCCGACAAGUGCACAUGGUUGCUCCACUAGAUAUGCAGUUUUCCCUACUGUAUGUUCUUCUGAAAGAACAUAUUGCAGAUGAUGUUGACUAUAAGGUUCUCGUAUUCUGCACUACUGCUAUGGUAACGAAGUUGGUAGCAGAUGUUCUUCGUGAACUGAACCUGAAUGUUAGAGAGAUCCAUUCAAGAAAAUCACAGAGUUACAGAACAAGGGUAUCUGAUGAAUUCCGGAAGUCAAAAGGACUUAUUCUUGUAACAUCAGAUGUAUCUGCUCGAGGGGUUGAUUAUCCUGAUGUUACACUUGUCCUCCAGGUGGGCAUGCCAUCUGAUAGAGAACAGUAUAUACAUCGGCUAGGUAGAACUGGGCGUAAGGGUAAAGAAGGGCAAGGAAUACUCUUACUAGCACCAUGGGAGGAAAAAUUUCUGUCUUGCGUCAAGGAUUUGCCAAUAACAAAGGCUCCAUUGCCUUCUUUGGACCCAGAAACAAAGAAAAAGGUGGGACGGGCACUUUCCAAUGUAGAGAUGAAGAGCAAAGAAUCAGCUUAUCAGGCAUGGCUUGGUUAUUACAAUUCUGAUAAGAACAUAGGCAGGGAUAAAUACAGACUGGUGGAGCUCGCAAAUGAGUUCAGCAGAAGCAUGGGUCUUGACAACCCUCCUGCAAUUCCCAAGCUCGUACUUUCAAAGAUGGGCCUAAGGAAUAUCCCUGGACUGCGUGUCAGAUAAAGACUCCUGGAGCUGAACCAGUGAUUCAGGCAUCUCCAAUUAUCAACAUACCCCUUGAAUAUUUUAAAUAUUCAAAUUUUUUAUUUUAUUUUUGCAUAUCAUCAGAUAUUUAAGUAAUUGUUGUCAUCUUUCAUCCUCCCGAAAUGGAUGAAGUGGCAUUGCAGCACCGACAUGGACGUUGUUUAUUAAUACAUAGCAAUGCUUUGGAAAAA